AUGGAGAAACUCACUACCAAGGUUGGCGCCAACCUAUGCAAUAGCACUGAUUUUAAGAAGAGUUUGUGUGAUAUUGUUUGGACCGAUGCCUUACUGCCAGAACAGUUUGAAAAUGAAUGGGGUGUUAUAUUGGCUGAUUUUGAUUUGCUGAAUCAUGAAUGGUUACAGUCAAUGUAUCAGUUUAGGGAUACAUGGAUCCCUGCGUAUUAUCGCGAUCAACACAUGUCUGGGCUGAUGCGUACCUCAUCACGUUCGGAGAGUGAGAACCAUUUCUUUGGGCAGUUUUGCAACCCGAAUUGUACCCUUGUUGAAUUCUUGGGGCAUUUUGAUUCUGCAAUCGAAGCCCAAAGACACGAGCACAGGAAGAAUGAUCACGAUACUAGGCACACGAACCCCCAAAUAUUUGCAAAAGAGUUUGUCUUAGAGCAACAGGCGGCAAACAUAUACACACGGACAAUUUUCUUUGAUGCGCAACUUGAAAUUCAGACAGCCAUUCACAAGUGUGCUGUUGGAAAAUGGGAGGAUAGAGAGGAUAACUUUGUGAACUUCUUUGUGAAGGACUUUUCUCAAGCGUGUACUACAUUUUUUCAGGUUAUGAUGCCGCAGCUAGACAUGACCGUUAGUUGCUCAUGCAAUAGGUAUGAACAGUUUGGGCUUCUGUGUGCGCAUAUUUUUUGCGUUUUGCGGCUUCUUGACAUCAGGCAGUUCCCUGAAAGGUACAUAAUGCGACCGUGGACAAGGGAAGCUGUUCCUAACAGUGCGCCGGGAGCGAUAUUGGGGAUUAGUGAAAGUAAUGAUCGGUAUCAGCAAGUUAAUGGUGUUGUAAGGGAGAUAACAAGGUCAGCCGAGUCUCUUAUUAACAGGUUGGUUUAUAACUUUGAUGCGUUGUGCGCUUUUAGGGACCAUGUUGUCCAGUAUCAAUCGACCGCUGAUCAGGCAGUCGUAAACGCUCCCCCUAGGAGUCGUCGCGAUAGGUUUGCUGAAAUAACUGGAUACACGCAAGAAACACCUGUAACUGUUCGUAUGCCGAAAACCGUUAGAUUUAAAGGUAUGGGCAAACCUUCUAGAAUGAAGAGUAAUCGUGAAAUUUCCAUUAUUCAAUCUGCGAAGAAAAAAAAGGGUCGCGAAUGUGGCAAUUGCAAACGUCAGGGGCAUAAUAGACGUACCUGCUCGUUCCCGGCAAGGGAAAAUGCCGACGACUCCUCAGAAAGUGAUGAAGCGGAUCUUGAAGGAGACGACGAAGAGGAGCUAGAAGAUGUGGCGGGUGAAGGAGACGACGAAGAGGAGCUAGAAGAUGAAGAGCAAGAGUAG